AUGCCCGUUUUGUUUGCCAGGCGCCUCACCACCACGCCGGGCAGCAGCAAAAACAGGUUCCAGGUGUUUGACCGCGCCGCCAAGCUCGUGCAGAGACUGCGGACCCCGGCCACAGACGUGGGCGCAUCUCGCCGGGCCGAUUUCCUCCGGGACGAGGUCUCGUUGCGGACCAUCGAGCGGCUUGCGUUCAUCACCAGGGACUUCACGCGCACGCUUGAUUUCGGCGCCCAUCUGGGCAGUUUUUUGAAGAACCUAUGCAGUGUUUCGGAGGUGCCCGAAAGCGCCUCCCAGGACGAGGCAGCAGCGGCCCAGCAGCUCAACGAAGACAAGGCCAAGGUCCGCCUGAAGAUUGCCGAUUUGGUCAUGGUGGACUCGCUGCGGCCGCUUUUGUACCGGGACGCCGGCCCGGCCGCGGCACGUGACUUCCCGGGCAACGUGGUCCGGGUCGUGGCGGACGAAGAGGCGUUCGACGCGCCCGAGCUCGCCGCGAGCGAGCAGUUCGACUGCGUGGUGUCCAACUUGGCGCUCCACUGGAUCAACGACCUCCCGCAGGCGCUCGCCAACAUCAACCGCGUGUUGAAGCCGGACGGGCUUUUCAUGGGCACGAUUUUCGGCGGCGACACGCUCUAUGAGCUCCGCACGUCGCUCCAGCUUGCCGAGUUGGAGCGGCUCGGCGGCAUGUCGGCCCGCGUGUCGCCGCUCGUGCACGUGAACGACGUGGGCAGCCUCUUGAGCCGCGCCGGCUUCAGCAUGUUGACCAUCGACACCGAGGACAUCGUGGUGGGCGGCUACCCGGACCUCGUGGCGUUGUGCACGGAGCUCCAGGCGAUGGGCGAGCAGAACAGCUUGCUUGCGCGGGCCCACACGCUUCCGCGGGACGUGUUGCUCGCGGCCAACGAGAUCGGCAAGAGUCUCCAUGGCGAGAAGGCGCCCGACGGCACCGUGACGAUUCCGGCGACGUUCAAUGUGAUUUUCAUGAUAGGCUGGAAGAAGAGCGAGUCGCAGCCCCAGCCGUUGGCCCGCGGCUCGGGCCAGAUCAACCUCAAGGACGUGUUGCAGUAG